AUGGCAUCAAGUUUGCUUCGCGUUGCUCUGCACCGAGUUGUCUCUCACCGCAGUGUGCACUUAACCAAAGUGAGACCAAGCAUGGUGGUUGGGUUUGGUGGCCCAGUACAAUUAGCUGAAAAUCGUGACCCAAAUGUGAAUCCAAUUUUUCAUGAAAGUUUGACCAAUCCAAUUCCAGACAAACCCCGCACACUCAAAUAUACUGGAGACCUUGCAACACUAAAAGAAAUGGAGGUAGGAGACUGGAAAAAGUUGUCAGUGGAAGAGCAAAUGGAUUUGUACAACUCCUACUUCGGCACGUCGAUUGCAGACAUGUGUCGUGACCAAGAUGGUUGGAAGUCCGUUUUGGGUGCGGGUAUGAUUUUUAUCAGCUUUGGUCUCCUGCUCCAUUUAUUUAUCCAUUUAUACAUCAACCCUCCAUAUGUUUGGACCACACUCGAUGAGGAUUGGGUAAAAGCCAGUAUAAAACGCCAAAUUCAGUCACAUGCUGGAGAUAUCACUGGUUAUUCUUCAAAAUGGGAUUACGCCAACAAUAGAUGGAAAUAA